CCCCUCACCCACACAGCACCCUAUUCUCUUUCUCUCUCCAGAAUUAUAAAGAUUUUGUUCAACAAAAAAAAAAAACCAGCAAGAAGGAAAUAUAUACAGGGAGGCUGAAAACAAGAACCAACGCCAAACACUUCCUAUCAAGGCAAUGAAGUAUACUUCAUCUGAGGCAGUCUCAUCCUCCUCGUCUUCUGCACCCGCGUUAUCCGACCAAUCGCCUCCCGCCACCUCAUCGUCGUCGAUAGUCUCCGUUGAUGACCUUGCAACUUCCGUUGGGUCCAGGGACGGGAGUGGUGGCGCGGCAGAAACCGUGACUAUCGAUCGGCGGGGCGAGUUCUCCGCCGUGUGCCGAUGGACGAUUCACAAUUUUCCAAAAAUCAAAGCUAGGGCACUGUGGAGUAAGUACUUCGAGGUUGGCGGCUAUGAUUGCCGGCUCCUUGUUUACCCUAAAGGAGACUCGCAGGCACUGCCGGGAUACAUCUCUAUCUAUCUCCAAAUCAUGGACCCUCGCGGCACCUCCUCCAAAUGGGACUGCUUCGCUAGCUACCGUUUGGCAAUCGUGAACCUAAACGACGAUUCCAAGUCCAUUCAUCGAGAUUCGUGGCACCGAUUUUCAAGCAAGAAGAAAUCUCACGGUUGGUGCGAUUUCACACCCUCCUCUACUGUGUUUGAUUCCAAAUUGGGUUAUUUAUUCAAUAACGAUUCUGUUCUAAUUACCGCCGACAUUUUAAUCCUAAACGAAUCCAUUAAUUUCAAUCGAGAUAAUAAUGACGUACAAUCUGCAUCCUCAUCUAUGAUUUCCUCGUCAAUGGCGGCCAGCCCUGUGUCUGAUGUUUCGAGUGGCAAGUUCACUUGGAAGGUACAUAAUUUUAGUUUGUUUAAAGAGAUGAUAAAGACACAGAAGAUAAUGAGCCCAGUGUUCCCUGCUGGCGAGUGUAAUUUGAGGAUAAGUGUGUACCAGAGUUCAGUGAAUGGGCAAGAGCAUUUGUCAAUGUGUUUGGAGAGUAAGGACACUGAGAAAAGCAUUGCCUCAGAUAGGAGUUGUUGGUGUUUGUUCAGAAUGUCGGUGUUGAAUCAGAGGCCUGGGUCCAACCACAUGCACAGGGACUCCUAUGGAAGGUUUGCCACUGAUAAUAAGGCUGGGGACAAUACUAGUUUGGGUUGGAAUGAUUAUAUGAAGAUGACGGAUUUUGUAGGGCUAGAUUCAGGGUUUUUGGUGGAUGACACUGCUGUAUUUAGCACAUCUUUUCAUGUGAUCAAGGAGUUCAGUAGCUUUUCAAAGAAUGGAGGGUUGAUAGGUGGGAGGAGUGGGACUGGGGCAAGGAAGUCUGAUGGGCACCUGGGGAAGUUUACAUGGAGGAUUGAGAAUUUCACAAGGUUGAAGGAUCUUCUGAAGAAAAGGAAGAUUACAGGACUUUGCAUCAAGAGCAGGAGGUUCCAAAUUGGAAACCGAGAUUGUCGUCUCAUUGUUUAUCCCCGAGGGCAGUCUCAGCCUCCAUGCCAUCUUUCUGUGUUUCUUGAAGUUACAGAUUCAAGGAAUAAUUCCUGUGAUUGGAGCUGUUUUGUGAGUCACCGAUUGUCAGUUGUAAACCAAAGGAUGGAGGAGAAGUCUGUCAUGAAGGAAUCUCAGAAUCGCUACUCCAAAGCUGCCAAGGAUUGGGGAUGGCGUGAAUUUGUGACGCUUACCAGUCUGUUCGAUCAAGAUUCUGGGUUUCUAGUUCAGGAUGCUGUUGUAUUUUCUGCAGAGGUUCUUAUUCUAAAAGAAACAUCCAUAAUGGAGGACUUUGCUGAUCAAGUUACCGAGUCAAACCCUACUGCUUCCCAGACUGAUGCAGUUGGCAAAAGAAGCUCAUUUACAUGGAAGGUGGAGAACUUCUUGUCCUUCAAGGAAAUAAUGGAAAACCGGAAAAUCUUUAGCAAGUUCUUUCAAGCAGGUGGAUGUGAGCUUCGGAUUGGUGUGUAUGAGUCCUUUGACACCAUUUGUAUUUACCUAGAGAGUGACCAGUCAGUUGGAAGUGAUCCAGAUAAAAACUUCUGGGUUAAAUACAGGAUGGCUGUGAUGAACCAAAAAAACCAAGCCAAGACUGCAUGGAAGGAAUCGUCAAUAUGUACAAAGACAUGGAAUAAUUCUGUUCUGCAAUUUAUGAAGGUCUCAGAUAUGUUGGAAGCAGAUGCAGGGUUCCUUGUUCGUGACACUGUUGUCUUUGUUUGUGAAAUAUUGGAUUGCUGCCCUUGGUUUGAGUUUUCUGAUCUAGAGGUUUUGGCAUCUGAGGACGAUCAAGAUGCUUUAACAACAGAUCCUGAUGAACUCAUAGAUUCUGAAGACCAUGAAGGAAUGAGUGGUGAUGAGGAAGAUAUUUUUAGAAACCUUCUUUCUAGAGCUGGCUUUCACCUCACAUAUGGAGAUAAUCCUUCCCAGCCUCAGGUCACUUUAAGAGAAAAGCUCUUAAUGGACGCUGGGGCUAUUGCUGGUUUUUUGACUGGAUUACGUGUUUACCUUGACGACCCUGCCAAAGUAAAGCGUUUGCUUCUUCCAACCAAGCUAUCUGGUAGUAACGAUGGAAAGGUGUCAAAGCCCGAUGAAUCUUCCCCCAGCUUGAUGAAUUUGCUGAUGGGAGUUAAAGUGUUGCAGCAGGCAAUUAUUGAUUUGCUUUUGGAUAUAAUGGUUGAAUGCUGCCAACCUUCAGAAGGAACUUCAAACGACGAGUCUUGUGAUGCAAACUCAAAAACCUCUCUUCAUGGCAAUGGUGCUGCCAGUCAGCCAGAAUCUGAUAGGGAAAACGGAGCAGCAGAGUCUGCAGAGUUUCCUAUAUUUGAAAGAUUGGAUUCUGGCAUACUUGAUGCUAGCAGCACAUCUGCUGUACAAAGCUCUGAUGUGGACGGAGUUGAUGGACCACAAAAAGCUGUCUCUGGACAGCCAAUUUGUCCACCAGUGCCAUCUGCUUCUGGUUCUUCUGAAACUUCUUCCAUUCGCUGUAAGACCAAGUGGCCAGAGCAAUCUGAGGAGCUCUUGGGGUUGAUUGUAAACUCACUGAGGGCCCUUGAUGGAGCAGUUCCACAAGGGUGUCCUGAGCCAAGGCGCCGGCCCCAGUCUGCCCAGAAGAUUGCUCUUGUACUGGACAAAGCUCCUAAGCAUCUGCUGCCAGACCUAGUUGCUUUGGUUCCAAAAUUGGUUGAGCAUUCUGAACAUUCAUUGGCUGCAUAUGCGCUUCUAGAACGACUUCAGCAUCUGGAUGCAGAGCCAUCACUGCGGGUACCUGUUUUUGGUGCUCUCACUCAGCUUGCAUGUGGCAGUGAUGUUUGGGAACGAGUGCUGUUUCAAUCUUUUGAGCUUUUGGCAGAUGCAAACGAUGAACUUCUCACAGCAACCAUAGAAUUUAUAUUCAAAGCCGCAUCCCAGUGUCAACAUCUCCCUGAAGCAGUCAGGUCUGUCCGUGUUAGGCUAAAAAGAUUGGGUCCUGAGGUGUCUCUUUGUGUCCUUGAUUUUAUGAGCAAAACUGUAAAUAGCUGGGGAGAUGUUGCUGAAAUGAUACUCAGUGAUAUUGAUUGUGAUGUUGAUAAUUGGUCAACCUCAUCUUGUGGCCUCUUUUUGUUUGGUGAAAAUGGACCUACCACCGAAAGGUUGCAUGUGGUGGAAGAGCAGACUAUGUGUGUGAGUCAGUAUUUUUCUGAUACAUACAUCCUUAUUGAGAUGUUAUCCAUACCUUGUCUUGCUGUUGAAGCUUCUGAAACGUUUGAGAGAGCCGUAGCUUGUGGUGCCAUCGUGGCUCAAUCCGUAGCAGUGGUCUUGGAGAGGCGCCUUGCUCAAAAAUUGAAUUUUAAUGCCAGGUUUGUUGCUGAAAAUUUUCAGCACCCAGAUGCAGUGGGAGAGGGAGGGAGAGAAGUCAGUGAACAGUUGAGAGUCCAGCUAGAUGAUUUUGCAUCUGUUCUUGGUCUUGCUGAGACAUUGGCACACUCUGUAGACGAUCAUGUUAAGGGUUUCGUGAAGACACUUUACAUGUUGUUGUUUAAAUGGCAUGCUGAUGAAUCUUAUAGGGGGAAAAUGCUGAAGAGGCUUGUUGACCGUGCUACCAGUAAUACUGAUGCAAGUCACGAUGUAGAUGUGGAUUUGGAUAUAUUGUCUCUUUUAAUUUACGAGGACCAGGAGAUUGUGAAACAUGUUCUUAGUAUGAUGAGGGAAGUAGCUGAACUUGCAAAUGUUGAUCGGGCAGCUCUUUGGCACCAGUUAUGUGCAAGUGAAGAUGAAAUCAUUCAAAUGCGUGAAGAGAGGAAGUCUGAAGUUACCAAUUUGGUUAGAGAAAAAACGGUGUUAUCCCAAAAGUUGAGCGAAUCAGAGGCCGUUAAUAAUCGUCUCAAGACUGAAAUGAAAGCUGAGAUGGACCGCUUCGCCCGUGAAAAGAAGGAUCUUUCUGAGCAAAUUCAUGAAGUUGAGAGUCAACUUGAGUGGAUCCGGUCAGAGCGAGAUGAUGAGAUUGCAAAGCUUACUGCAGAGAAGAAAGCACUUCAGGAUCAUCUUCAUGAUGCUGAAACACAACUCUCUCAACUAAAGUCCCGGAAACGGGAUGAACUUAAGAAAGUAUUGAAGGAGAAAAAUGCUCUAGCCGAAAGGUUAAAGGGUGCUGAAGCUGCUCGGAAAAGAUUUGAUGAAGAAUUGAAAAGGUACGCUACAGAGAAUGUCACUCGGGAGGAAAUCCGUAAGUCACUGGAAGAUGAAGUUCAGCGAUUGACACAAACCGUUGGUCAAACUGAAGGAGAAAAGAGGGAGAAAGAAGAGCAGGUUGGUCGGUGUGAGGCAUAUAUUGAUGGGAUGGAAUCAAAAUUGCAGGCCUGCCAGCAAUAUAUUCACACCCUUGAAGCUUCACUGCAAGAAGAGAUGUCUCGGCAUGCCCCUCUUUAUGGUGCUGGUUUGGAAGCCCUGUCAAUGAAAGAACUGGACACACUUUCUCGUAUUCAUGAGGAAGGCCUCAGGCAGAUUCAUGCCCUUCAACAGCGCAAGGGCAGUCCUGCUGCUAGCCCUCUUGUGAGUCCCCACUCACACCCACACAAUCAUGGGUUAUAUGCUUCUGCACCGCCUCCAAUGGCUGUUGGAUUGCCUCCUUCACUCAUCCCGAAUGGUGUUGGGAUCCACAGCAAUGGACAUGUGAAUGGUGCAGUUGGACCCUGGUUCAACCACAGUUGAAUUCUGCAGUAACAGUUUUUUCUUUCGCCACUAGUGACACUUGUUUACAUAAAGAGCUGGAUGGUAUCUCGAUAUUAAGAGAAGUUCUCGAGGUAUUUCUUGGCGUUUGGACUGAUAGGACUGUUGGAACACGUCGUUGGGAGUAAAGUUGGAAUAGAUGGGCCUCCGUUUUAGGUAAUUGACUGUGAGGGAAUGAUUCCAAUAGAACUAACAGUUGUAACUUGCAAGUGUCAUGCAUACCUGCUUCUUCACAAGGUUAUUAUAGACCUAUUGAAAAGUUUUGUUAAUCA